AUGAGUGCUUUCAAGAUGGUGGACCACUGGCUGUCACACACCAUCACCAAGUUAUCCACAUCCACUAUUCCUAUUGAUUCUACCAACACUCCGGUACUGACCAAAUCAGCCACAGUUGGUAUGACAAACAACAUGGACAUGAUGGAAUUCAAUGGAUACUUAGCAUUUGAUGAGCCAUUAAUGACCAGUGUCCACUGGGAUCACCCACCUAACCCGGCUACAGCACUGUUAGCUGUCCCUGGUGACGUUGACCCCACCAUUAUUCUCAAUCCUGACGCUAUGCCUAUUAUUUUCUUAAUACAGGUGUUUCUGUGCACAUCUUCACCAAAUUAUUAA